GAAUGAGUCCAUUUAGCACUUGUAACGGUACCGGUACUCGUCAUCCUCUCUAGUUCUCCUUCGUUCUCCCAGCUUUUCUGACGACAUGUUCUUGACGCGUUCGGAGUACGAUCGGGGUGUUAACACGUUCUCGCCAGAGGGACGGUUAUUCCAAGUCGAGUACGCCAUCGAGGCAAUCAAACUCGGCUCCACCACCGUCGGCGUGCGCACGCCCGCGGGCGUCGUCCUCGGCGUCGAGAAGCGCGUGCAAUCGCCCCUCCUCGAGUCCGCCUCCAUCGAGAAGAUCAUGGAAAUCGACGCGCACCUGGGCUGCGCGAUGUCCGGGCUCACCGCGGACGCACGCACGAUGGUCGACCACGCGCGCGUGACGGCGCAGAACCACGCGUUCACGUACGAUGAGCGCAUCCGCGUGGAGAGCGCGACGCAGGCGGUGUGCGAUCUCGCGCUGCGGUUCGGGGAGAGCGUGCACGACGAGGAGGCGAUGAUGAGCCGCCCGUUCGGGGUCGCGCUGCUGAUUGCGGGCGUGGACGAGCAGGGGCCGCAGCUGUUCCAUACGGAUCCGUCGGGGACGUUCAUGCGGUACGAGGCGAAGGCGAUCGGGUCGGGCUCGGAGGCGGCGCAGAGUGAGCUGCAGGACAAGUGGCACAAGCAAAUGACGCUCCGGGAAGCGCAUAUCCUGACGCUGCGCGUGCUGAAGCAGGUGAUGGAGGAGAAGCUGGACCAGCACAACGUGCAGCUGGCGCAGGUUACACCGGAGAAGGGGUUCGAGAUCCUGGACGAAGUGAGACUAAAAGAGCUUGUUGACGACAUGUAAUUUUACGAUAUCGCGUGCAUGGACUGAUUCUAUUUUGCACUUGCUGGCUGACCAUC